GCGGGAAACGCGGCGGGAUCAUCUGUCAUGCUGCACAGCGCAACACAGCAGCGGUCCACUGCAUUGCUUCAUCACAUAGAUGUUUUCCAGAGCGAGGCAACGGUUCAUGUCAGUGACGACCCGAUGCCCGAAGCAGCGGGCUGCAUGGUGUACCCCGAAUCGACCGCCACAGCUAACGAGAUGUAUCAACAACAGCAGGAGUCGGAGUAGCAGCAAGAACGGGGCAGAGGGAGGCGGAGAAGGAGGAGGAGGAGGAGGAGGAGGUGCAGGGUGGGGACGUUAUCGCCAGAGUGAGCAUGUAGGUGGAAGCGGAUGGAGCCAGAAGUCGACUUCCGGUUUCCUAAGGUCAACUUGGAGGGGCAGGUUCCGCGACCAAAUCCCGCUGCCAUGGCUAGCGUUGGGCCUCUUUCAGGCCGUUGAGUUUGGGCUUGCCGCGUACGAGGUGGAGGCGGAAAAAGUGGACGAACUUGUUCAGCGGUGCAACUUCCACAUCGCGACGGCUACCAUCGGAGAGGCGGUAAACCUGACUUCCCUCCUAGAGCUCCUUGACUUGGUGCACCACUCGGUCCUCGCCGUAGGCCCCACCGCUCUGCCGAAGCUGCUGGACGCGGGUGUCAUCGGGAUCGCGCUGAGGGGUGCCGAGUCUCCGAACACACACGUCGCAGUGGUUUGCUACAGGAUCCUGACCGUGCUGUCCCAGAACAGGCACGUCGCGCGAAGGAUGUCGAGAGACCCGGCCAUCAGAGCCGUGCUCAUCGGCGAGCUGCGUCGGCAGGUCAAGGGCUGGAACCACGCCGGAUCGGGAGCGGAUGAUGAUCAUGAGGCUGAGGGCGAGAAGCAGCAACGGAUGGGUGGGCUGGCGGACGGAGGGGAGGGGGCAACGGCAGCGGCGAGGCCACCGCCGGCGACGAUCGUGGUGGACCCAAUCCACCUCACGCUCACGCUUGAGACGCUCAGCAACGUCAUGCGCGCAUCGCGGCGGGACAUCAACAGCAGUAAGAGAAGAAGCACAGCAGAAGAGCCGGGGGCGGCGGGAUUGAAUCGGAGAUUUGGAGCAGGGGGCGUUAGUGGCGGGCGGACAGCAGCGGGAGAGGACGAGGAGGAUGAGGUCCCGUGGCCUUUCCGCUUCCUGUACGGAGAGAACAACUACGAGGGAGCAGCGGGCUAUGCAUACGGCGGGGGAAAUGAAGAUGAUGACACCAUCAUCGCUAGCGUAGGGGGGGGCAUCUCCGGUCCUUGGCCGCUGGAUCGCAAGCUCGUGGCGGAUAUUGCGGAGCUGAUGCUGAGCGCGGCGAGCGCGAGAGAUAGUGAAGGGGCGGUGGCGCGCGGAGAAGACGCGGAGCUGGGGGAAGUCCUGGAGGCGGCGGCGGCGUCCAGCCUUCUAGAGAUCAGCCACCACCCGGAGUUGGUGGGGCUGUUGCUUCGAAGGAGGCCCCUUGCGGGUCUUGUUGCCGUGAGCCAGGACUCGAUGAUGGCGGCACAGACUUCCUCCGAGGCUACCCUCAACAUUUGCAACGCUUACCGCAGAUGUCACGGCCUGCCAGAGGCUUCCGAGCCAAAGGCGUCCUACGAGGAGAUUAUCACCUGGGUUAACAAGACCCUUGCACAGGAGUGGGCCGAGAGCCCGUCUGGUGACCUUGACACCAGCGAGGCUGACCAGGCCUUUGUUCGGCAGGCGGAGCGGUCGACCCUUCCCCCUUUGCCGUACUCGAGCGUCCUCAUCAACGAGAUAAUGUCGGCGGGUGUGGGCAUGGCGCUCGGAUUUCCUUGGGGAGCCGCUCGCCGCUGGAUCGCCUGGCGAAGAGCUGGAGAAACAUUCUCCGUGCUCUCCACGUGCUCUCUCCCGUGGGUUCUGCUGCGCGCCGGUCUCCGGGCGGGACUGGGCGCCACGGCUCUCGUUGCCACGCACGGGCCGGCGGGCUUCCGCCCUCAGGCUAGUUCGUGGAUUCUGGACGCCACGAGCGGGAGUCGAGGGACCCUGGCCAUGAGCGCUGCCCGAGAGUUAUCGGAGCUCGCCUAUCUGUACGCAAUCCUUCGCCUGUGCCCAUACUCCCUCCUGCCAUCGCUGGUGGUGAGCGCCGUGGUGGGGAAUGACCACCGUUACGGCGGGGUUGUAGACGACUGGGGCGCGUAAUUUGGCUAGCCUCGAGGUUCAGUGUGCACCCGCCGCCGUAAAAUGUGGCGCCGUGUUACGGCAGUCGCCAGAGAGAGGUGAAGAGCGGAAGUGCAAUGAGAACUGCCUGGUUCCUGGUGGAAAAUUGCACGAGUUAUGCUAUGAUUUUGGAGGUUUCACAGAUUAAGCCUGGUAGGCUCUGAUGGCCUUCUACAGUCUCUUGCGCUUUCUACCUGGAGUACACACGCUUGUCUGACAAGGUGAGGUCUGCAUGCUGCCAUAAUUUGCACUCAUCUUUGGGGUUUUGGUCUAGUUAGUGGUUGUUUGGUGUGGUACAUUGGGGGUUAUUUAUGGUCGGGAGCAAAAACCAAUCGGUCGUGUCCCCUCGAUGGUGUAAACAUGCAUGCAAGGCGGGCGUUUUCAUUACCUAUUUUGUACCCCCGCUUUCUAAGUGGUAAAAAAAAGCCAUUGGUUUUCCGUCUGUGGUUUUCCGUGUUAAAGUUUUCGCAUUUUGGUGCUCUUGUUAGAUCCCUUUUGUUUGGUUGAUUGGACUGUCUCUGGCUUGGUAAGGAAUCGACUGUUUAUUUCGGUUUGCAACAAUAAUAUCUUAUUUUUUCAUGUUUGUAACUUUAGGGCAAAGGUUGCUGUCCAGACCCUGGUGCAUGGACUUCGUGGACUGAAAUAUGUCGCAGGCGCACCCGUGGUCUGUACCGAAGGUUCGUUGCAUUACGUACGUCUUGCGACUAGCGCGAUGGCGUGGAAUGUUCGAAGCUUCGACCUUGCGCUGAUUGCGACUGGGCCAUAGCACCCCACCCAGCCCCCGCUCGCAAUAGAGUGCAUCUCGACCCCGCAGCAUUGGGAUAAACAAUGAAUGUAGUAGGUAUGCGUUGUGGGGUUUGCACAGUCUAGGUGGAGUGGGCAUCCGAGCCUGGGUGACACUCUUGUCACCGCGUACCUAGAUUUAGAAGGUGGCCUAGCCGCUGCGCUUGUGGACGAGACUACGGAACCAGCAGUAACUACGCCUGAGAGUGUUUCUACCCGGCAAAAUAGUCGACGGGGUUCAUUCAUUAAAUUGUGCCGCAAGAACUUGGUGGGUGCGCCCAACAGACGCCAGCAGUGUUGCACGACUGAAUUGGUCAUUUCUGUUUGCCCCCAACUGUCAGGUCUCGUUAUUGAUACACGGACGUGGGACGCCAUGAUCAAGAAGGCCUUCCUAUUCUCGUGUGCAUACCGUAAAAAAAAAAAUGCCCGUGAUCGCUU